AUGUUUCAUGGACUGUUCUGCAAGAUGAGCCCAACACUUCAGAUUUUUGUUGAUGCAACGCAAGAGACUGUAGCACUUCCUUCUACGAGCGUUGUGGCUAAAGUGCAAGAGCAUGAAAUCAGCGAGAAGCUUGAAAGUGGCUGUCCAAUCAUCACUGGUAACAAAGAUAACGAUGGACAGGUCCUUAUUGGUAGCCAGCCGUUCUGGAUGAACGAUAAUGAAGUGGAUAUCAUUACAGCCGAUGAUCUGCAGCUGAAUGCAGAAGUUGUAUUAGACGUAGAUGAUGGAAAGAUCGUCCUGGAAACUAUGCCAAAGAUUCCGUUUGUCUUUCCUAUCAAAGUCAAUCACCAGACAUUUCAUGCGCUUGACCUGCCAUUUGCAGAGUGCUUCUGA